CGCAUACCUCAAGACAAACAACUAAGCACCUUCAUGAGCAACUCAUUUUGGGGAAACAUAGGCUUAUGUGGAACUCCAUUACAAAACACAUGCCCUAAUGAUGCUCCACCACCCCGAUUGUUCUUCCAAGAAGAUAGUACAAGAGAGCAUGGUAGUGAGUUUGAUAGAAAAGCAGUCUGGAUAGGGUAUGCAUCCGGAAUCGUAAUUGGAAUUUCCAUAGCGCACAUUUUAUGGGAAACUAGAAGACCUAAAUGGCUUGUAGGAAAAGUGAGAAGUACGGAGAGAAGAGCCAAAUUGAUGAAGAAGACAAAGCAAAAGGCCAUCAAAUUUCAUGGAGACCAAUGAAAUUGUUAAGAAGGGAUCCCUUUGAGCCACGAUCGGAUUCGGCCCUAAUAAUUGGGCGGGAUCGAACCACAAUCAAACCCCCACGAUCCGGCCCAUCCCGGCCCACUAACCCGUUCUCGUGUUUUCUCUCAUCUGCUCUCGAAGUCGAACCCCCUUGGAAGCUGGACCAGCUGGAGCCCGACCGGAGCAUCUCUGUAUCUCUCGCCGGAGAAGAAGCAGCAUUGCAGAUGUCGCAUUUUGGAAGGUCAGGCCCUCCGGACAUUCGACACUUACUGGCUCCUCAUCCUCAGCAUCUCCUUCCCCCUGCUCCGACUCCCUUCGCCUCCGUCGCUCUCUGUGUCAAUGCCUCACGCGGUUGUUUCGCGGGGACCACCGCCGACGACCUCUUCCCCCUCUUCGACAAGUACGGCGAGGUCGUCGACUUGUUCGUUCCCAGGGACCGGAGGACUGGGGAGUCGAGAGGGUUCGCGUUCGUGAGGUACAAGUACGCGGACGAGGCGCAGAAGGCGGUGGACAAGCUCGAUGGGAGAGUCGUGGAUGGGAGAGAGAUUGGGGUUCAGUUCGCCAAGUACUGUCCCUAUGCCGAGAGAAUUGAUAAGGGGAGGAUUGCUGAACCUGUUUCAAAGAUAAGAAGGCGGUCGAGAAGUCAUAAUCCUCAGCCAAGGUGUGGUUUAAGUUUGUUGAGUUAGUAAAGUUAUGCAAACUGUGUCUACGCAAAUUGGUUUAAGUUAGUAAAGUCAUGCAAAUUGUGCCUAUGUAUGGUAAAAUGAGAAAAGUUCUACACUUGAUUAUAAAUUCAGGUUGAAUGUGUCGACAACUGUCUGUAACUUCCUAUUGCUAUAGUUGUUGAUUUGUGUUUGAGGUGAAAUUCCAAAAUCAUUUUAAUGGAUUGGUUAAGAUAUUUUGUCCUCUAAUACUUACAUACGCCUGUUUAUUAGCUGUGUAAUUCAUUUAUCUCUACAUUUCAAGAGUUA